GGGCGGCGGCGGACGGAGAGCGCGGCCUGGUCCCGAGCGCGGAGCGCGCGUCGCGCAGGCAGACAGGCCGCGGCCGCCGCCCCGGAUCCCGCCCCGCGCCCCGCCAUGCCCGCCGCGGGCCCCGCCUGAGCCGCGCGCCCGGCCUCUCUGGGCCGCGGCCGUCGGCGCGCCGGGCGGGCCUGGUGGCGGGGCCGGGGCCAUGCGCGCGGCGCCCUGACGAUGCCCGCCCGCCUGGCGCUCGCACUGGGCCUGGGCCUGUGGCUCGGGGCGCUGGCGGGGGACCCCGGGCGCGCCUGCGGGCCGUGCGCGCCCCCGUGCCUCUGCGGCCCGGCUCCCGGCGCCGCCUGCCUGGUCAACUGCUCGGGCCGCGGGCUGCGGACGCUCGGGCCCGCGCUGGACAUCCCCGCCGCCGCCACCGCGCUAGAUGUCUCGGAUAACCUGCUCCGGGCACUCGACAUCCAGCUCCUGGCGAACCUGUCGGCACUGACAAAGCUGGACAUAAGCAACAACAAGAUUUCUUCAUUAGAGGAAGGGAUAUUUGCUAAUUUAUUUAAUUUAACUGAAAUAGACCUGAGCGAGAACCCGUGGGUGUGUGACUGUGGCCUGGCCUGGCUGCCGCGCUGGGCCGAGGAGCAGCAGGUGCAUCUGGCGGGGCCUGAGGGGGCCACGUGCGCGGGGCCCAGCCCCCUGGCCGGCCGGCCCCUCCUCGGCGCCCCCUUCCUGGCCGGCGGCUGUGGUGAGGAGUACGUGGCCUGCCUCCCCGAUGGCAGCUCGGGCGUCGUGGUGCUGGGGGUCUUCUCGGCUGCCCACGCGGGCCCGCUGGCGCCCGAGGCCUGCGGCGCCUUCUGCUUCGCGGCGGGCCGGGGCCUGGCGGCGCUCUCGGAGCAAGGCCUAUGCCUGUGCGGGGCGGCGCAGCCCAACGCCUCGGCCGCCUGCCUGCCCUUCUGCUCCGGGCGCCCGCCGCCCCGCGGCCCCGGCUGCGCGGGCCCCACUCUCCUGCACCACGUCUUCCCCGCCGCCCCGGGGGCCGCCCUGGAGGGGCCCCGCGGACCCCUGGCCUCCGGCCGGCCAGCAGCCUUCCGGGUCACCGCCCCAUGGCCCGUCGCCUCUGUGCGCUGGGACUUCGGCGACGGCUCCCCCGAGACGGGCGUGGCCGGCCCGGCCGCCUCGCACCGUUACGCGCUGCCCGGGCGCUACCGCGUGAUGGCGCUGCUGGCCCUGGGGGCCGGCUCGGCCCGGCUGGCGGCCGAGGUGCAGGUGCAGGCGGCCCCUGCGGCCCUGGAGCUCGCGUGCCCGGCCUCCCUGCUCAGCGGUGAGAGCCUCCAGCUCUGUGUCCGCAACCGCGGCGGUACAGGCCUGCAGGCCGCCUACAGCAUCAUGGCCCUGGGCGAGGGCCCGGCCCAGGUGGUGCACCCUCUCUGUCCUUCGGACACAGAGAUCUUCCCUGGCAAUGGGCACUGCUACCGCCUGGUGGCAGAGAAGGCGUCCUGGCUGCAGGCGCAGGAGCAGUGCAGGGCCUGGGGUGGGGCUGCGCUCGCCAUGGUGAACAGCCCUGCUGUCCAGCACUUCCUUGUCUCCCAGGUCACCAGGAGCCUGGACGUGUGGAUCGGCUUCUCGGCGGUGGAGGGGCUGGAGGCAGGUGCGGCCUCCCCGGCCGAGGCCUUCAGCCUGGAGAGCUGCCAGAACUGGCUGCCCGGGGAGCCGCACCCCGCCACUGCCGAGCACUGCGUGCGCCUGGGACCUGCUGGGCAGUGCAACACGGACCUGUGCUCAGUGCCACACAGCUACGUCUGCGAGCUACGGCCUGGAGGUCCCGUGGGGGACGCCGAGAACUUCCUAGUGGGAGUGCCCAGCGGGGACCUGCAGGGACCCCCAACCCCCUUGGCACUGCAGGAGUCUCUCUCUGCGCCCAGGGAGCCCGUGGAGGUGCUGGUGUUCCCCGGCCUGAGCCCGCGGCACGAAGCCUUCCUCACGGCGGCCGCGUUCACCACCCGGGCGCUCGGGCAGCCCACCCAGCUGCGCCUGCAGGUGUACCGGCCCCCGGGAGGAGCAGGGGCCCCAGAAGACAGUGCGUCCGAGGGUGGGUCCCCAGACAACAGGACCGAGUCAGCCCCCAAGUGCGUGCCGGAGGGGCGCUGGUGCCCCGUGGCCAACGUCUGCGUGCCGCUGGACGCCCCCUGCCACUCUCAGGCCUGGGCCAACGGGUCCAUGCCGAUGCCCGGACCCCCGGGGGCCGCCUAUGCCCUGUGGAAGGAGUUCCUCUUCUCCGUGCCUGCGGGGCCUCCUGCACAGUACUCGGUCACCUUCCACGGCCAGGACAUCCCACUGCUCCCUGGAGACCUCCUGGGCUUGCAGCACGAUGCGGGCCCUGGGGCCCUCCUGCACUGCGCCCCCGCGCUCGGCCCCCCAGCCCUCGGGGCCCCCUACCUGUCUGCCAACGCCUCGGCCUGGCUGGCCCACCUGCCUGCCGUGCUGGAGGCUGCUCCGGCCGGCCCCGCCUGCGCCUUGCAGCUGCUUGGUGCCACCGAGCGCCUAACACCCCUGCUGGGCCCUGGGCCCAACCCUGGGCUGCCACGCCCCGGACGCUAUGUGGUCCGGGCAGUGGUGGGCAACGGCGUGUCCUCACGCAACCUGUCCUGCAGCUUCAACGUGGUCUCCCCCGUGGCCGGGCUCCAGGUCGUCCUCCCCGCCGCCCUCGAUGGCCGCCUCUACGUGCCGACUGACCGCGCAGUCCUGGUGCUCCGGGUGCACUCGGGAGCCAACGCCACGGCCACGGCGCUCUGGCCCGGGGGCAACGUCAGUGCGCCAUUUGAGGCUGCCUGCCCUGCACUGGGGGCGGCCCCGGUACCCGGCUGUGCCCACGAGCCCAACGGCGGCCUAUUUGCGGUGCUGCCGCUGCCCGGGCUGGGCGAGGGCCAGCACGCCGUGGAGGUGGUGGCAGAGAACGGCGCCAGCCGCGCCAGCCUCAGGCUGCAGGUGACGGCCGAGCAGCCGGUCCGCGGCCUCCGCGCCUCGCCCAGCCCCGAGGCCCGCGUGCUGCAGGGCGUCCUGGUGCGGUACAGCCCCAUGGUGGAGGCUGGCUCUGACGUGGCCUUCAGGUGGACCAUCGAUGACAAGCAGUCACUGACCUUCCACAACGUCGUCUUCAACGUCAUCUACCAGAGCGCCGCUAUCUUCAAGCUCUCGCUGACGGCCUCCAACCACGUCAGCAACGUCACUGUCAACUACAACGUCACGGUGGGGAAGAUGAACAGGAUGCGCGGCCUGCGGCUGUCGCCCGUGCCGGCCGUGCUGCCCCAGAAUGCCACACUGGCCCUGGCGGCCAGCGUGCUGGUGGACUCAGCUGUGGAGGUGGCAAUUCUGUGGACCUUUGGGGACGGGGAGCAGGUGCUUGGCCAGUUCAAGCCUCCGUACAAUGAGUCCUUCCAGGUCCCCGAGCCCUCGGUGGCUCAGGUGCUGGUGGAGCACAACGUCUCGCACACCUACACCACCCCAGGUGAGUACAACUUGACAGUGCUGGCUUCCAACCCCUUUGAGAACCUGACGCGGAAGGUGCCCGUGAGCGUGCGGGCCGCGCUGCCCGCCCUGGCCGUGGCUGUGAGCAGCCGCAUCCUGGUGGCAGGCUUGCCUGUCACCUUCUCCCCGUGCCCGCUGCCCACGUCCAGUGGCGUCCUGUACACCUGGGACUUCGGGGACAGCUCCCCCAUUGUGCCGCAGAGCCACCCGGAGGCUGAGCACACAUAUGCCGAGCGGGGCACGUACCGUGUGCACCUGCGGGCCGACAACAUGGUGAGCAGCGCGGCGGCGGGCACCGAGCUGCGCGUAUUUGAGGAGCUGCGCGGCCUGAGCGUGCACCUGAGCCCGGCCGUGGAGCAGGGCGCGCCCAUGCGGGUCAGCGCUGCCCUGGAGUCCGGGGACAAUGUCACCUGGACCUUCGACAUGGGGGACGGCACGGUGCACAGUGGCCCCGAGCCUGCCGUGGAGCACGUGUACCUGCGAGCACAGAGCUGCACGGUGACCGUGCGGGCGGCCAGCCCGGCCGGCAGCCUGACGCAGAGCCUGCCCGUGCGCGUCUUUGUGCUGGAGGUGCUGCGGCUCGAGCCCGCCGCCUGCAUCCCCGUGCAGCCCGAGGCGCGGCUGACGGCCCACGUCCCCGGGGACCCUGCCCGCUACGUCUUCGACUGGACUUUCGGGGAUGGCUCGGCCAACACCACCGUGCAAGGCCUGCCUUGGGUGACGCACAACUUCACACGGGCCGGCACCUUCUCCCUGGUGCUGGUGCUGUCAAGCCCCGUGAACAAGGCUCACUUCUUCAGCAGCGUCUGCGUGGAGCCCGAGCUGGGCGGUGUCACCCUGCAGCCCGAGAGGCAGCUCGUGCGGCUCGGGGACGAGGCCCACCUGGAGGCCCAUGCCUGGCCCCCUUUCCCCUACCGCUACGCCUGGGACUUCGGCACCGAGGCGGCCGCUGUGCGCACCAGGGGCCCUGAGGUCACGCACACCUACCGGGCCCCCGGCCUCUACCUGGUGACAGUCACCGUGUCCAACAACGUGUCCACAGCCAACGACUCAGCACAGGUGGAGGUGCAGGAGCCCGUGGCCCUCGUGGGCAUCCGGGUGAACGGCUCAGGUGUGCUGGAGCUGCGCCGGCCCUACCUGUUCUCCCCCGUGGGUGGCGGAAGCCCUGCCAGCUACCUGUGGGAGCUGGGCGACGGCGGGCAGUGGCAGGGGCCCUCGGUUGUCCACAUCUACAACGUCACCGGUGACUUCAGCGUGCGAGUGGCCGGCUGGAACGACGUGAGCCACAGCGAGGCCUGGCUGAAUGUCACGGUCGUGCAGCGGCCACAGGGGCUCGUGGUCAACGCCAGCCGCACGGUGGUGCCCCUCAACGGCAGCGUGGGCUUCAGCACAACACUGGAGGCGGGUGGGCCUGCACGCUACUCCUGGGUGCUCUGCGACCGCUGCACGCCCAUCCCCGGGGGCCCCACCAUCUCCUACACCUUCCGCUCUGUGGGCACCUUCAACAUCAUUGUCACAGCCGAGAAUGAGGUGGGUGCCGCCCAGGACAGCAUCUUUGUCUACGUCCUGCAGCACAUCGAGGGGUUGCAGGUGGCGGGGGGCGGCGGUGGCUGCUGCUUCCCCACCAACCACACGCUGCAGCUGCAGGCCAUGCUGCGGGAUGGCACCAACGUCUCCUACAGCUGGACCGCCCAGCGGGCUGGGGGCCCCAUCCUGGCCGCCAGCGGCAAGGCCUUUGCCUUCACCGUGCUCGAGCCCGGCACCUACCAUGUCCAGCUGCGUGCCACCAACAUGCUGGGCAGCGCCUUGGCCAACCGCACCGUGGACUUCAUGGAGCCUGUGGGCGAGCUGGCGGCCACCGCCGCCCCCAACCCAGCUGCCGUCAAUGAGAGCAUCGCCCUCAGGGCCGAGCUGGCGGCUGGCAGUGGCGUCAUAUAUACCUGGCACCUGCAGGAGGGGCUGAGCUGGAAGACCCUAGAGCCGGCCACCACCCAUGCCUUCACCACGCCCGGCCUGCACCUGGUCACCGUCACGGCUGAGAACCAGCUGGCUGCGGCCAAUGCCACCGUCGGGGUGUCUGUGCAGGUGCCCGUGAGGGGCCUGAGCAUCUGGGCGGGCGAGCUGGACCUCAAUUUCGUGGUGGCUGGUUCCGCUGUGCCUUUCUGGGGCCAGCUGGCCUCAGGCACCGACGUCCACUGGAGCUGGGCUGUGCCGGGCAGCCACAGGCAAGGCCAGCACAUCACCGUGGUCUUCCCGGACGCCGGCACCUUCUCCGUGCGGCUCAACGCCUCCAACGCGGUCAGCUGGGCAGCGGCUGAGCACAGCCUCGCGGUGGAAGCGCCCAUCGUGGGCCUGGUCCUGUGGGCCAGCGCCAAGGUGGUGGAGCCUGGGCAGCUCGUGCACUUCCAGGCCCUGCUUGCCACUGGCUCGGAUGUCAGCUUCCACCUGCAGGUCAGCGGGGCUGGCCCCGAGGCCCUGCCCGGGCCCCGCUUCUCGCACAGCUUCCCCCGGGUGGGGGACUACCUGGUGAGUGUGCAGGCCGAGAACCGUGUGAGCCGGGCCCAGGCGCAGGUGCGGGUGGCGGUGCUGGAGGCCAUUGGUGGGCUGCAGGUGCCCGACUGCUGUGAGCCGGCCAUCCCCACGGGAGCUGAGCACAACUUCUCAGCCCGGGUGCAGCGCGGCUCGCGUGUGGCCUAUGCCUGGUACUUCACCCUGCAGAAGGUGCAGGGUGACUCGCUGGUCAUCCUCUCGGGCCGCGACGUCACCUACACCCCUGUGGCGGCGGGGCUGCUGGAGAUCCAGGUGCGUGCCUUCAACGACCUGGGCGCAGAGAACGUGACGCGCCGGCUGGAGGUGCAGGACACCAUCCAGCACGUGGUGCUGCGCAGUGGCAGCUGCUUUGCCAACCGCUCGGCCCGCUUCGAGGCAGCCACGCACCCCGGGUCAUGGCGUGUGGCCUACCGCUGGGACUUUGGGGACGGGGCCCCUGCCCAGGAGACGCAGGAGCCCUGGGCCGACCAUGCUUACCUGCAGCCUGGGGACUACCGUGUGGUGGUGAACGCGUCCAACUUGGUGAGCUGCUUCGUGGCACAGGCCACGGUGACGGUCCGUGUGCUGGCCUGCGAGGAGCCCGCAGUGGACGUGGCCCUGCCCCCGCAGGUGCUGAUGCGGCGCUCGCAGCGCAACUACCUGGAGGCCCAUGUGGACCUGCGCGGCUGCGUCACCUACCAGACCGAGUACCGCUGGGAGGUGUACCGUGCCACCAGCUGCCAGCGGCCCGGGCGCACAGCCCACGUGGCCCUGCCUGGUGUGGACGUGAGCCGGCCCCAGCUGGUGGUGCCACGGCUGGCGCUGCCUGUGGGCCAUUACUGCUUCGUGUUCGUGGUGUCGUUUGGGGACACGCCGCUGGCACGGAGCAUUCAGGCCAACGUGACGGUGGCCCCCGAGCGACUUGUGCCCAUCAUCGCGGGUGGCUCGUACCGCGUGUGGUCGGACGCACAGGACCUGGUGCUGGACGGGAGCCAGUCCUACGACCCGAACCUGGAGGACGGAGAGCAGACGCCGCUCAGCUUCCACUGGGCCUGCACGGCCUCGUCCCAGGGUGAGGCGGGGGGGUGCACACUGGCCUUCGGGCCCCGCGGGAGCAGCGUGCUCACCAUCCCCCGGGAGCGGCUUCAGGCUGGCGUGCAGUACACCUUCGACCUGACGGUGUGGAAGGCUGGCCGGAGGGAGGAGGCCACCAACCAGACGGUGCUGAUCCGGAGCGGACGGGUGCCCAUCGUGUCGUUGGAGUGCGUGUCCUGCAAAGCGCAGGCGGUGUACGAAGUGAGCCGCAGCUCCCACGUGUACCUGGAGGGCCGCUGCCUCAACUGCAGCAGCGGCUCCAAGCAGGGGCGCUGGGCAGCGCGCACCUUCAGCAACAAGACGCUGGUGCUGGACGAGACGACCACGUCCACGGGCAGCGAGGGCAUGCGGCUGGUGGUGCGGCGCGGGGUCCUGCGGGACGGCGAGGGCUACACGUUCACGCUCACCGUGCUGGGCCUCUCGGGCCAGGAGGAGGGCUGCGCCUCCAUCCGCCUCUUCCCCAACCGCCCGCCCCUGGGGGGCACCUGCCGCCUCUUCCCGCUGGAGGCUGUGCGCGCCCUCACCACCGAGGUGCGCUUCGAGUGCGCGGGCUGGCGGGACGCAGAGGACGCAGAGGCCCCGCUGGUGUACGCCCUGCUGCUGCGGCGCUGUCGCCAGGCUCACUGUCAGGAGUUCUGCGUCUACAAGGGCAGUCUCUCCGCCUACGGGGCCGUGUUGCCGCCGGGCUUCCAGCCCCACUUCACCGUGGGCUUGGCCGUGGUCGUGCAGGACCAGCUGGGGGCCUCCGUGGUUGCCCUCAAUAGGUCACUGGCUAUCACCUUGCCGGAGCCCCCUGGAGGCCCCCAGGGCCUCGCGCGCUGGCUGCACGGCCUGACGGAGCGCGUGCUGCCCGGGCUCCAGAGGCAGGCAGACCCCCAGCACGUCAUUGAGUACUCGCUGGCCCUCAUCACGGUGCUCAACGAGUAUGAGCAGUUUCCCGCCGUGGCCGAAGAGCCCGUUCCCGAGCGGCAGCUGCGUGUCCAGGUACGCAGGAACGUCACGGAGACACUGGUGUCCUUGCGGGUCAACACCGUGGACGACAUCCAGCAGAUCGCCGCCGCACUGGCCCAGUGCACGGUGCCCAGCAGGGAGCUUGUGUGCCGCUCAUGCCUCAGGGAGACGCUGCACAAGCUGGAAAGCAUGGUGCGCAUCCUGCAGGAUGAGACCACCCAGGGCACCGCGACGCCCACCACCAUCGCCGACAGCAUCCUCAACAUCACAGGCGACCUCAUCCACCUGGGCAGCUCAGACGUGCAAGGCCUGCAGGUGCCGGCGCUGGGGCCCGAGCCGCCCUCACCGAUGGUGGCGUCCCGGGCCUACAACCUGUCGUCGGCACUCAUGCGCGUCCUCAUGCGCUCCCGCGUGCUCAACGAGGAGCCCCUGACGCUGGCGGGCGAGGAGAUCGUGGCUCAGGGCAAGCGCUCCGACCCGCUGAGCCUGCUGUGCUAUGGCAAUGCCUCGGGCCCCAGCUGCCACUUCUCCAUCCCCACGGCCUUCAGCGGGGCCUUGGCCGGCCUUGGCGACGUGGUGCAGCUCAUCUUCCUCGUUGACUCCAACCCCUUCCCAUUUGGCUACAUCAGCAACUACACUGUCUCCACCAAGGUGGCCUCCAUGGCCUUCCAGACGCAGGCCGGCACCCAGAUUCCCAUCGAGCAGCUGGCGUCUGAGCGGGCCAUCACCGUGAAGGUGUCCAACAACUCGGGCCAGGCCGCCCCGGGCCAUGGGGUCCCUACUGGCUCUGCCCUCGUUGCGCCCCGAGCCUCCGUCAGCGCCGUGGUCACCGCUGAGAACAGCAAUCCAGCAGCUGGGCUGCACCUGCAACUCACGUACACGGUCCUCGACGAGCGCUACCUGUCCGAGGAGCCUGAGCCCUACCUGGCCAUCUACCUGCACUCGGCGCCCUGGCCCAACGAGCACAACUGCUCGGCCAGCAAGAAAGUCAGCCCGGGGACGCUGGUGGGUGCCGACCACAGGCCCUACACUUUCUUCAUCGCCCCGGGGACUGGGGACCCGGGCGGGAGUUACUACCUGAACCUGACCAGCCACUUCCACUGGUCGGCUCUGGAGGUCUCCGUGGGCCUGUACGCGUCCCUGUGCCAGUACUUCAGCGAGGAGGAGAUGACGUGGCGGACGGAGGGCACCGUGGUCCUGGAGGAGACCUCGCCCGGCCAGGCCGUCUGCCUCACCCGCCACCUCACCGCCUUCGGCGCCAGCCUCUUCGUGCCACCCAGCCGCGUCCACUUCGUCUUCCCCGACCUGGGCGCGGGCAUGAACUACGUUGUUCUGCUGACAUGUGCCGUGUGCCUGGCCACCUACGCAGUCACAGCCGUGGUCCUGCGAAAGCUGGACCACCUGGACGUCAGCCGGGUCCGCGCCAUCCCCUUCUGCGGGAAGGGCGGCCGCUUCAAGUACGAGAUCCUGGUCAAGACUGGCUGGGGCCGUGGCUCAGGCACCACGGCGCACGUGGGCAUCAUGCUCUACGGGGCGGACAGGCGCAGCGGCCACCGGCACCUGCGCGGGGACAGAGCCUUCCAUCGCAACAGCCUGGACAUCUUCCAGAUUGCCACCCCCCACAGCCUGGGCCGCGUGUGGAAGAUCCGUGUGUGGCACGACAACAAAGGGCUCAGCCCGGCCUGGUUCCUGCAGCACGUCAUCGUCAGGGACAUGCAGAGCACCCGCAGCACCUUUUUCCUGGUCAACGACUGGCUCUCGGUGGACACGGAGGCCCACGGUGGCCUGGUGGAGAAGGAGGUGCUGGCCGCAAGUGACGCUGCCUUGCGGCGGUCCCGGCGUCUCCUGGUGGCCGAGCUGCAGCGCGGCUUCUUUGACAAGCACAUCUGGCUGUCCGUCUGGGACCGGCCACCGCGCAGCCACUUCACCCGUGUCCAGAGGGCCACGUGCUGCAUCGUCCUCAUGAGCCUCUUCCUCGGCACCAACGCCGUGUGGUAUGGGCUCGUGGGCGAUGCUGCCCACAGCACGGGGCCGGGCCCCAGUCUGCUCCCGCCAUCUGUCGGCGCGGUCGCCAUCGGCCUGGUGUCCAGCGUGCUCGCCUACCCCUUCUACCUGGCCAUCCUCUUUCUCUUCCGGAUGUCCCGGAGCAAGGCUGCCGGGGGCCCUGGCUUGUCCCCCACAGGGCAGCAGGCACUGGGGGUCAACAGCCUGCUGGACGCGUCGGGGCUGGGCAGCUCCUUCCUCGGCCUCUCGGGGCUCCGUGCCCAGCAGGCCCUCGUGGGACAGAUGAGCAGCCACUUAUUUCUGGAUGAUUCUAAAAGCACACUCAGCUGGCCGGACCUGCUCAGUGACCCGUCCGUCAUGGGCAGUGCCCUGCAGCAGCUGGCCCGGGGCUGCCCGCGGGGGCUGGAGGAGGACAGCCUCUCCUUGGUCAGCCCCUCCUCACCCACCAAGUUCUUCUCAGCCUCAGACGAAGACCUGAUCCGCCAUGUCCUGGCCGAAGGCGCCGGUGGCCUGGCCCCGACGCGGGACACGCAGGCGGAGGUGGACCCGCUCUCUGAUCUGUCCAGCACCACUGGGGACACGACGGAGACACUGAUGCUGCAGAGGCUGGGGGAGAAGGUGCCGCCCCCGCCGGGGCUCACCUGGGAGCAGACCCCGCCAGUCAAGCUCUCCAGGACAGGGCUGGUGGAGGGUCUGCGAAGACGGCUGCUGCCGGCCUGGUGUGCCCCCCUGGCCCACGGGCUCAGCCUGCUCCUGGUGGCCAUGGCUGUCGGGGUCUCGGGCUGGGUCGGCACCAGCUUCCCCCCUGGCGUGAGCGUCAUGUGGCUCCUAUCCAGCAGCUCCAGCUUCCUGGCGUCGUUCCUUGGCUGGGAGCCCCUGAAGGUCCUGCUGGAAGCCCUGUACUUCUCGCUGGUUGCCAAGCGGCUGCACCCAGAUGAAGACGACGCCCUGCUGGGGAGCUCCACUGUGACGCCCGUGGAGCCUCCUGGUGUACAUGCUAUUCCUGCUGGUGACACUGCUGGCCAGCUAUGGGGACGCCUCGGGCCAUGGCCACGCCUACCGCCUGCAGAGCGCCAUCAAGCAGGGGCUGGACAGCCAGGCCUUCCUGGCCAUCACUCGGUACAGGGGACCUCUGAUAGGUGGAGGGCAGGGCUGCUGGGAGCCAGCUCCCCGAAGCAGGGCAGCCCGAAGUGUCAGCAACCCAAGCUGGAGGAGCUCCGUUCUCCAGCAGGGCAGGGGCAGGGGCAGGAGCAGCACUCUGGGCUUGGGACGGGUGGCCCGGGGGAGCCGAGGGCAGGACUGGGUGACUGCGUGUUUGGUCCGGGCAGGUCGGAUGAGUUCUGGCCUUGGAUGUCCCACGUGCUGCUCCCCUACAUCCACGGGAACCAGUCCAGCCCGGAGCUGGGGCCCCCACGCCUGCGGCAGGUGCGGCUACAGGAAGCACUGUGCCCUGGGGCCCGCCCCUGCUCGGCCACCGGCGGCUUCAGCACCAGCGACUACGGCGUCGGCUGGGAGAGCACGGCCGGCAAUGGCUCGGAGACGUGGGCCUACUCGGCGCCCGAGCUGCUGGGAGCCUGGCACUGGGGCGCGUGUGCGGUGUACGGCGGCGGCGGCUACGUGCAGGAGCUCGGCCCCAGCCUGCAGGAGAGCCGCCGGCGGCUGGCGUGGCUGCGGCAACACCGCUGGAUCGACGGCAGGAGCCGCGCCGUGUUCGUGGAGCUCACGCGCUUCAGCCCGGCCGUGGGGCUGCACGCCGCCGUGACGCUGCGCCUCGAGUUCCCCGCGGCCGGACGCGCCGUGGCCGCGCUCAGCGUGCGCCCCUUCGCCCUGCGGCGCCUCAGCGCGGGACUCUCGCUGCCGCUGCUCACCUCGGUGUGCCUGCUGCUGUUCGCUGGGUACCUGGCGGCGACCGAGGCCCGGGCCUGGCGGCGGGAAGGGCGCGCGCGGGCGACGCGGCCGGGGACCUGGGCGCAGUGGCUGCUGCUGGCGCUGACGGCGGCCGCGGCGCUCGUGCGCCUGGCCCAGCUGGGCGCCGCCGACCGCCAGUGGGCCCGCUUCGUGCGUCGCCGCCCGCGCCGCUUCACCAGCUUCGACCAGGUGGCGCAGCUGGGCUCCGCGGCCCGCGGCCUGGCGGCCUCGCUGCUCUUCCUGCUGCUGGUCAAGGCCGCGCAGCAGCUCCGCUUCGUGCGCCAGUGGUCGGUCCUGGGGAAGACGCUGGGCCGGGCCCUGCCGGAGCUGGCAGGCGCGGCGCUGGCCCUGGCCGCCCUGGCCGCGGCCUACGCCCAGCUGUUGGUCUUGCUGGUCUCUUCUUGCGUGGAUUCGCUUCAGAGUGCUGCCCGCGCGCUCCUGGUGCUGUGCCCCGGGGCUGGAGGCCCGGGCCCAUGCCCGGCCGAGUCCUGGCGCCUGUCCCCGCUGCUGUGCGCCGGUCUCUGGGCGCUGCGGCUCUGGGGCGCCCUGCGGCUGGGGGCCGUGCUGCUGCGCUGGCGCUACCACGCCCUCCGCGGUGAGCUCUACCGACCCGCCUGGGAACCGCAGGACUAUGAGAUGGUGGAGCUGCUCCUGCGCAGGCUGCGCCUCUGGCUGGGCGUUAGCAAGGUCAAGGAGUUCCGCCACAAAGUGCGCUUUGAAGGCGUGGAGCCGAUGCCCUCUCGCUCGUCCAGGGACUCCAAGUCGUCGCCGCCGGUGCCUCCAAGCACGGGCUCGGAUGCCUCGCGCCCAUCCACCUCCUCCAGCCAGCUGGAUGGGCUGAGCGCAGGCCUGGGCCGCCCGGGGCCCCGUGGGGAGCCUGAGCCCUCCCGCCUCCAGGCCGUCUUUGAGGCCUUGCUGGCCCAGUUUGAUCGGCUCAACCAGGCUACGGAGGACGUGUACCAGCUGGAGCAGCGGCUGCAGAGCCUGCGGGGCUGCACCUCCCCGUCGCCAGGCCUGCCUGGUUGCCUGGCCCAGGCCAGUCGAGGCAUCGGCCUGGCCGCCAGCCCCAGCAGGAAGUCUCAGCGGGCCAAGACCAAGAUCCACCCCAGCAGCACUUAGCCAGGGGCCAAGGCCUCGUGGGUUUUGCUAGGACACCGCUCAGUAUUACUCUCUGCCGCCCUGGGCUAGGUAGGAACAGCCGCUUCUGGAUCAGCUCCCUGGGGCUUCAGCACUUUACAAGGGCUGCCGGGCCCAGGCCCCUCCCCAGCCCCCUGGGGGACAGGGACAGCAGUCUGGGACUGAGAAGCUCACUUAAUGCCCCAGUUCUGAGGCACAGGGGCGGCAGGGCUGGGCCCCCACCCCAGGCUGAGGUCUCCCCUGGCCCCAGGGCUGCCCCUCCCCCUAAGUUAUUAGCCCCCCCACCCGUGCUGCCACACUUGCCCCCCCAUGGCCGCCUCACUGUGCAUGUCAGUAAUUUAUAUGAAAGAUGUAUUUUUGUAUGUUGCUCUUCCCCUUACAACUCUCAGUGGCUGAAGCCAUGCGCCCCCUCCCCGUCUGUGCCCUGCGGGUGGGGGUGGGGGCUGGUUGUGUGACAGCUGCGUCCUGGCCUCAGGCAGGGCCAUCUGCUGGAGCGCACAGCCACACUCGCCCCAGCACCGUGGCCCUCUUUCUCACCCACCCGAGACUGAGGAAGAAGGUGCACACCGGGCCUGCCAGUAUCAGGCCCUGGGUGAGGAACAGGCUGGCAUGGGUGGUUUAGGGGAAAGGCCUGGCCCCAGGGGCUGGCUCCUGGGGCACGAGUGUGUGACUGUGAGCAUGAGAACAAGCAGGUGGGGUGUGUGAGGGCCCCAGGGCUCUGAACCCUGUUACAGCCUCGACCCUGCCCGUCUCUUCCCCACAACAGACAAAGUCAAAUAAAGGCACUGGGCUGACUGCUA